AAACAACUCUCUCUCUCUCUCUCUCUCUCUCUCCUUUCUCUCUAUCUCUCUCCAAGUGUUUUUUUGGUCUCCGGAGAAAUGGUUGCGACGAGACGAAGUGGAUCUCUGCCGUCGACUGUUAAGCGGUCGGCCUCCUCCUCCGAUGAUUCUUCCUCUAAGCGUCAAAAAGUAGUAGAUAAUAAUAAUGCGGAGUCUUCGGAGAAACCGAAGUCUCUUCCAUCGACGGAGAAUCCCAAGGAGUUGUCUUCAACUGACCCGCCGGAAUUGGCCGCCGUUACUGUUCCCGACGGUGAUACCGCCGCCGCAAAGGGUGAUGAUGCACCUUCCAUUUCCCUUGUCACACCUAUCGCAGAAGGGGCAACACCUGCUAUAGUUGAUAAGCCAAGGAGCUCCGUGACUUUGAGGAAGCUGAAUCAAGGUUCGGAAACAACAUCGCCUUGGUGUAGGCUUAUAUCGGAGUUUCCACAGAACCCAACUAUACAUGUUUCGGCUACAAAUUUCUUGAUUGGUUCUAGCAAAAAUGCUCAUCUUCCUAUCAAGCAACAAACAGUUAGUGCAACCUUAUGUUCUAUAAGGCUUACACAGCACGAAGGAAACUGGGUUGCUGUGCUUGAGAGCAGGGGCAAAGGAUCUGUGCAAGUUAAUGGAAAGACAGUUAGGAAAACCACUAGUUGCAUUCUCAAUUCAGGCGAUGAGCUUGUUUUUGGUGCUACGGGAAAUCAUGCUUAUAUAUUUGAGCAGCUGCCAUAUGAUCUUGGAGUUAAGUCACCUCCUUCAGAUGUUAGGACCAGUGCAGGUAAAUUGCUGCGCGUUGAGAGAAGAGCAGGAGAUGCAUCAGCUGUAGCAGGUGCUUCCAUUUUGGCAUCACUUUCAAGCCUGCGGCAAGACCCAUCGCGUUUGAAACCUACGUCUCAGGUUAGUGGGAAUGAGGUGCCUUCUUCCCCUGUUAUUCAUGAAGACGAGUUUGAUGGCCUCGAAGUCGAUUCAGCUGCAAAUGUUGGCAGCAGCAGUGCUGCUGAUGCUGGGUUGACUAACAAAAUCCCCCCUCUUGAUGGAAACCUGAAUGCUAGCAGAGAGGCAGGCAACAUACCGGAGGAAAGAGAGUGGACCAGAGAUUCAAUGCCAGCUUCCGCAGCAGGGGUGUCUCUGAGAUGUGCAGUAUUUAAAGAAGAGAUUCAUGCUGCAAUAGUUGAUGGACAACAGCUAGAUGUUUCAUUUGAUAGCUUCCCAUAUUACUUAAGUGAGAACACAAAAAAUGUGCUGAUUGCGGCUUCUUAUAUACACCUGAAGCAUAAAGAACAAGUAAAAUAUACUUCUGAGCUACCCACUAUCAACCCAAGAAUUCUGCUCUCCGGUCCUGCAGGAUCUGAGAUUUAUCAGGAGAUGCUGGCAAAGGCACUUGCUCACUAUUAUGGAGCUAAAUUGCUCAUCUUCGAUAGCCAUUCCUUUUUGGGUGGUCUUUCAGCAAAGGAGGCUGAAUUACUAAAAGAGGGAUGCAGUGGACAUAAGAUGUCUGCUAACUCCAAGCAGAUUCCUGGAGAACCUGACUUGCCUAAAGGCAAUGAGUCAUCAUCUGGUCAAGUAACUAAUGCUAACACUCUGACUGAUCCUUUGGGUUCGGAAGCACAACCAAAGAUGGAGAGUGGCAAUGUACCGUCUUUAGCCGGGACAUCAAAGAAUACCUUGUUCAAGAUAGGUGAUAAAGUGAGGUUCAUUGGUUCUGCUUCUGGUGGUUUAUAUUCAAACUCUACCAGGGGGCCAACUUUUGGGACUCGAGGGAAGAUUGUGUUGCCUUUUGAAGAUAAUGCAUUAUCAAAAAUUGGUGUAAGGUUUGAUAAGCCUAUACCAGACGGGGUUAACUUUGGGGGUCUUUGUGAUGAUGGCCAUGGAUUCUUUUGCAAGGCCAGCGAGCUACGCUUGGAAGCCACAGGUGCCGAUGAUCUGGACAAGUUACUCAUUAGCACAUUGUUUGAGGUGGUAUUUGGCGAGAGCAAAAAUUCCCCCUUCAUUUUAUUUAUGAAAGAUGCUGAGAAAUCUAUGGCAGGGAAUUCAGAAUCUUAUUCAACUUUUAAAAGUCGGCUUGAAAAGCUUCCUGCUAACAUCGUUGUUAUUGGAUCUCACGCACAUACAGAUAACCGCAAAGAAAAGUCACAUCCUGGGGGAUUGCUCUUCACCAAAUUUGGCAGCAAUCAAACUGCUUUGCUCGAUUUGGCUUUCCCGGACAGUUUUGGGAAGUUGCAUGACAGGGGAAAGGAAGUUACCAAGACAACUAAACUUCUGACAAAGCUUUUCCCCAACAAAGUGACCAUUCACAUGCCACAGGAUGAGGCGCUUUUAUCUGAUUGGAAGCAACAGUUGGAUCGAGAUGCUGAUACCCUCAAAAUGAAAGGAAAUUUGAAUAGCUUGCGAACAGUUCUAAAUCGGAAUGGAUUAGACUCUGAUGGACUUGACACACUGUGCAUCAAAGACCAGACUUUUUCUGUUGAAAGUGCAGAGAAGGUGGUUGGAUGGGCCUUGAGCCAUCAUUUGAUGCAGAACCCUGCUGCAGAUCCUGACGUGAGGCUUGUUUUGUCUCCUGUGAGCAUUCAGUAUGGAUUGGAAAUUCUACAAGCUAUGCAAAAUGAAAGCAAGAGCUUGAAGAAGUCACUUAAGGAUAUUGUGACUGAGAAUGAAUUUGAGAAGCGACUUCUGGCAGAUGUUAUUCCCCCCAGUGAUAUUGGAGUAACAUUUGACGAUAUUGGUGCGCUUGAAAAUGUCAAGGAUACAUUAAAAGAGCUGGUCAUGCUUCCUUUACAAAGACCUGAACUUUUCUGCAAGGGUCAACUAACCAAGCCAUGCAAGGGAAUACUUCUAUUUGGACCCCCUGGAACUGGGAAAACCAUGCUCGCGAAAGCAGUUGCCACUGAAGCCGGUGCGAACUUUAUCAAUAUUUCAAUGUCAAGUAUCACUUCAAAGUGGUUUGGUGAGGGUGAGAAAUAUGUGAAAGCUGUCUUCUCCCUUGCUAGUAAAAUUGCUCCGAGUGUCGUUUUUGUUGAUGAAGUUGAUAGCAUGCUGGGACGACGGGAAAAUCCAGGAGAACACGAGGCAAUGCGUAAAAUGAAAAAUGAAUUCAUGGUGAAUUGGGAUGGCUUGCGUACAAAAGAUACUGAGCGAGUGUUGGUACUUGCAGCAACAAACAGACCAUUUGACCUUGAUGAGGCUGUCAUAAGGCGACUGCCGCGUAGGCUGAUGGUCAAUUUACCAGAUGCUCCAAAUAGAGCGAAAAUUCUGAAAGUGAUACUUUCAAAAGAAGACUUGUCUCCAGAUGUUGAUCUGGAUGCAGUUGCAAGUAUGACUGAUGGAUAUUCUGGAAGUGACCUUAAGAAUCUUUGUGUUACAGCGGCAUAUCAACCCAUUAGAGAAAUCCUAGAAAAAGAAAAAAAGGAACAUGCUGCAGCUUUGGCAGAAGGUAAACCUACGCCAACACCAUGCGGCGGUGCUGACAUACGGCCUUUGAACAUGGACGACUUCAAAAAUGCUCAUGAGCGGGUUUGUGCAAGUGUGUCAUCGGAAUCCAUAAAUAUGACUGAGCUUCUUCAGUGGAAUGAACUCUAUGGAGAGGGGGGCUCUAGAAGGAAGAAGUCCUUGAGUUAUUUCAUGUAAAAGUUGUUCAUAUUGUACAUUGGUGUCUUAAGGAAGAAGUUCUCAAGUGUGAUCUCCUCAGGCCCAGUCAGUUGCCGCGCUUUGUGGAUUGCCAUGACACCCUGGAAGUUGUACAAUGAGUAUAGGUGUCUUUAGUUAUACAUGAGUUUUGAGAUGUAAUGAGGAUGGAGUAUCCCUCUAGGAAUAGAUAGUAUCUUCACCUUCAUUUUCUUUACCCUCUUUCUCACAACGAGCAGAAAGAUGUCGAGGUUCUUAUUUUAAUACAGCUGCUACUGUUGCUAUUCAUUGUAUGUCAAGUUGGAAGCAAAUAAUAUUCAAGUCUUGUUGUUAUA